UCGGUGGAGAGCGAAACAAUUAUCCUUAAUCCUCCACGUCGCGCUCUACAUCUCAAUGGCCGCCCAUAAAACCCAGUGGUGGCGUGAGCUGAACGGCGCCGAUCCAUUUUCUUCCUCUUCCACAGGAGACUAGCCCAUUACCCCCCUUCCUGUUCCUCCCGCCGCUGCUAUCGUGCAAGAAGUUGGUACCAGAGAGUGUGUGUGUGUGAGAGAGGAACGAUUCGUUGGUGCCAUGGCGCCGCCCAAGAGGCAGCUGGCCCUGACGGGCGCCGGCGCAGGCCGGGAGGAGGCGAAGCGCCUGCGCGUCGGGGUCGCCAACGCCAGCGCCGCCGGCUGGCAGGCGCCGACAUCGCCGGCGUCGCCGGGGACGCGGCUCAUGCGGCGGACGGUGCUCGUCGUGCUCUUUCUACUGCGAAUGAGCGACGGGAUCACGGUGACGGAAAGCAUCUCCCAGAUUGGUCGCAUGGUUCAGAGGAAGAUGGAAGGGAUUCAGAAGGUUCAGGCUCUUAUGAUGCGCAAAUUGGAAAAUUUAGAGGAAAAGGUGGAGAGCAUGAGCCAUGAAGUGAAGAAAUUGGCACGUUUGCAUUCCAAUAGACACGCCGAUAAACACCCAAGAUCAGAACCAUAUCAGGAGGGUGCCACUUUGAGUGAACCGAACGCCAACAUUCGCCUGCGUUUCCUGGAUGGCCUGAAGACUCCAAUUUACACAGACAAGAUUAUAGCCUCUGAGAGCAAUGCGGCUAUCAGGAUUGGCGUCUUUGAUGGUGACAAAAUGAUCAGUGAAGGCCCGCUUUCGAAGGCGAAAGUUGAGAUCCUGGUUCUCCGUGGCGACUUCUGCAGUGAUGGUCAGGAGAGCUGGACUGAAGAGGAGUUUAACAGCCACAUAGCGCAAGGCCGGCACAGGCAAGGGUCAGUGCUGGGGGGCGAUUGCAGUGCGUGGUUGAACAAUGGGGAGGCGUCAUUGGGAAAAAUCCGCUUCAGAGAAGGAUCAUCCAGGACUCCCAGUAGGAAGUUCAUCGUCGGAGGAAGAGUAUGCAUGAACAGGAAGAUCGGUGGUAUUCGAGUCCAGGAAGCUGUCAUGGAGCCGGUCACUGUGCUGGAUCGUAGGAAUGAAGCAAAUGAGAAGAGGCACCCUCCCAGAUUGGAUGAUGAAGUGUAUCGCCUGGAAGAGAUCUCCAGAGAUGGAAUUUACCACAGGAGGCUUAAGAAUGCUCAUAUCUUCACAGUGGAGGACUUCUUGAAGGCUUUGAACAAGGACGCAGACGAGCUCUGUGAAACGGUCCUCGAGAUCAAGAAGCGCAGUAAUGCUUGGGAAAGAAUGGUUAAGCAUGCCAGAGAAUGCUGCCUCGCAGACAAGCCGGAGCUCAAAGCAUAUCGCAAUGUAGAGGGGACUGUGGUGAUCUUCCUCAAUUGCGUGCAUGAUCUUGUUGGAGCAGUCUUUUAUGGUGUUUACAUUUCACGGGACAAUUUUGAUCCGGCUAAGAAGGCUCAAGCGUACGAGUUGAAAGAGUGUGCGCGCCAUCAGUUGGACAGUCUUCCGUUUGACUAUGUGAUGAAUGGCGAUCUUCCUGAACAAGUUCCCUCUAGCACUCAUUUUACUCUGGAUGCAUUCAUUCUUGGUCCGGAUGUCGCGCUUCAACCAAACGAAAACCAGUUGCAGGAUAGGAUCAACAAUAUCACUGAACCAUCUCACCAGAACGAGUAUAUUCAUGGUGAUCAGAGCACAGUUAACGCACAUUAUUUCCAAGGAGAAAGUAUUCUAGCAGUUGGUCAGCAGCAACCUACAAUUUUCACUGGUGAAUUACUUCACUGGCCCUACGAAAGAUCAGGUCAAGUGAACAUCCAUAGCCAGAUGCAAGCUCCCAUGUCCAUGGAUGGCGGAGGUGUCAUGCAGGCAUCAACCUUUGUUCAGCACAACCUCCUGCCACAAUUAUUCGGUCCUACGCAAGUCCAAGAAAGCAUGCAUGCCAUCCAUUACUCUGAGAAUCCACCUAACCAUGCUGUUGGACCAUCGACAUGGCACGAUGAUAUUUAUCCCUGAACCGGAGCCUAGCGCCAAUCUAUUUCCCGGACCGGAUUAUGGAAGCUUCUAGCAAGCGAACACUUUCCACAAUGCAGUUUAGACCGUGUACCAUCAUGGUCGUGUGUUGUGUGUCACUAUAACUUAGGUGUCAGGUUAUGAUAUACGAGUAGUAUUACUUUCAGUCUCAAGCAUUGUAAACUGUAUGUUUGGAUACAAAAUUGCUUGCCCCUAUUCUUUCCUAUUA